AUGGGGCUUCAAUGCUACUGGCUGCUGUUGUUGGUCGUCUACCGUGAAUGGAUUACAGGUGAAAAUGGUUCGGCCUGCCAUGGCUUUGUACUAGAGGGUCAGUUUGAGGGAACCAUCCAUUCAGAUAAUGGAACUUAUCACAUAGAGCCAGUCCAUAGAUACACCAGCAACCAAACAGAUCACCACUCUAUCAUCUACCAUGAAGAUGACAUGGUAUUUCCAUACACGAGAUCUGGCUCUAAUGUAUUCUGUGGUGCAGAACAUCUAAACGUCCUCGCCCAAAGCCUCAGCCCCGAUGAGGAGGCACCGGCCAGCCGGUCCCGGAGGACAGUGGAUGAGUCAAAGACCACCUGCCUGCUCCACCUCUGUGCUGACCACCUAUACUACAAGAGGUUCAAGUCUGUGGAAGCUGUUGUGGCGCAGAUCGCCUCCUACAUGCGAACUGUGAAUGACAUCUAUGACAGGGUGGACUUCGAUGGAAUCAAGCUGGUCAACUUCAAAGUCAAAUCCCUCAAUGUAAUGACCGAGGAGGAUAAGAACGAUCCUCUGACCCCUCUCUACAUCGGGCCAGAAAAACUGUUGAGUCUGUACUCUGAAAAAAACUGGGGCAACUUCUGUCUGUCGUACCUGCUCACUGACAGAGACUACAGUGGAGUGCUGGGCCUCGCCUGGGAGGGCAAGCCUGGUAACUUUGGAGGAAUAUGCUCACAAUAUGCCACCCUGCGUAACGGUCGGCCCUCCACCCUGAACACAGGUCUGGUCACAAUUCAAAACUAUGGACGGUUCUUGCCUCCUCCACUCGUCCGGCUGACCCUCGCUCACGAACUCGGCCACAGCCUGGGAUCUCCGCAUGAUGAGGGCUUUAACUGCGGGGAUCUCGGUUCCAACGAAGGAAAGGGCAGGUACCUGAUGUUCCCUCACGCCACAAAUGAAGUGCGUGAGAACAAUGAAAAAUUCUCCCCCUGUAGCAUCAGACACAUCAGCAGGAUCCUCAAGAUGAAGAAGGACCAGUGCUUUGUGGUAAGUGAUCAGCCCAUCUGUGGAAACCGGAUGGUAGAAGAAGAUGAGGAGUGUGAUGUCGGUCACGACGACAAAGACCUCUGCUGCUACAGCGCUAAAGAGCCUGUAGGAGUCCAGUGUCGCCUCAAGCCUGGUAAAGUCUGCAGUCCAAGUCAGGGCCUGUGCUGUGGUCAUGGCUGCAAGUUUAAGCCAGAGGGUCAGACGUGCGAUGAGGAGACGGACUGUCACAGAAAGAGUGGGUGCUCUGGCAUCUCUCCGCUCUGCCCUGAGCCAAAUGCCAAGGAAAACCUCACUGUCUGCAGUCAGGGCACGCGAGUCUGCAUGAACGGGGUCUGUGCUGAAUCUGUGUGUUUGAAGCACCACCUGGAGCAAUGUGACUGUCCAGGAGACUCCUUGAAGGAGAAGUGCCACAUGUGCUGCCAGCAGCCCGAUAAGCCUGAGACAUGUGCCAGCACCACCUCCUCUGUGCUGUCACAUUACUUCCAGAGAAAAGCAUUGCCCCUGGUAGGCGGGGCUCCCUGCUCUGGGAACAGAGGGUACUGUGACAAAUUUCAUGUGUGUCGCCUGCUGGACGCUGACGGGCCCAUUGCCAGACUGAAGAACUCCUUUCUCCAUUUGGAUAACUUUGAUGACAUAGCAGAGUGGAUGAAGGCUCAUUGGUGGGCCAUCCUACUGGCUAUCCUGACAUUGUGCGGAGUAAUGGGCUGCACCAUCUGCUUCUGCAGCCGCACCCUGGACACCAGAGACCUGGAGUGACCCCUGACUUUUGAGCGACUACCUUUACUUAGGUACAUGACUUUGUAGGAUUGCUGGACUUUUACUUAUAAUGGGAGUGUUUUUAGACUACUGUAUUGAUAUGUUUGGUGAUUAAUCUAAAGCUGGCUUUGCAUUUAACGCAAGUAUCCCAAUUCUAUUUCUUGGCUCACCUUUACAGCCAAAGGCGAUGGCAUCAAAACGAACAUGUAGAAAUUGCAGAGCUUAUUUUGGCUCAUUUAACAAUCCCUACCACUUUGAUAUCAAGAAGAGGUGCAAAAAAAGAGUAUGAAUUGUUAAAAUGUUUGCAUUAAACCAAUAUUUUGCUUUGAUAAAUAAUAUAUAUCUUCAACCUGGUAAAUAUGAAUCAUACCAAAGGACUGGUUAAUGAUUA